GUAGGGCUUCCGUGCGCCCUUUUUUGCUUUUAAAUCGCUAGUGUCGUUUCUUUUCCUCCGAAUUCCGUGCAUUGAUUGCAUCACCCGUGGUUUGAUCAGUUGUUUGAGGCGAGGUCCGAGCAAUGGCAAAGGAGCUCGCCAAUGGCGAUCAGCACACCAUCACGAGGCCACCUCCCAUUCCUUCACCGCUCCGGUUUUCCAAAUUUUUUCAGUCCAAUUUGAGAAUUUUGGUUACUGGAGGGGCUGGUUUCAUUGGAUCUCAUCUUGUUGACAAGUUGAUGGAAAACGAGAAGAAUGAGGUUAUUGUUGUGGAUAACUAUUUCACUGGAUCGAAAGACAACCUUAAGAAGUGGUUUGGGCAUCCAAGAUUUGAGCUUAUUAGACAUGAUGUUACCGAGACAUUGUUGGUGGAAGUCGAUCAGAUUUACCAUCUUGCUUGCCCUGCUUCUCCAAUUUUCUACAAGUACAAUCCUGUUAAGACAAUAAAAACAAAUGUCAUUGGCACCUUAAACAUGUUGGGGCUUGCAAAGAGGGUCGGGGCAAGGAUCUUACUGACUUCAACCUCAGAGGUUUAUGGUGAUCCUCUCGAGCAUCCUCAGAAGGAAGAGUACUGGGGCAAUGUUAACCCAAUAGGAGUAAGGAGUUGUUACGAUGAAGGAAAGCGUGUCGCAGAGACGUUGAUGUUUGAUUAUCACAGGCAGCACGGCCUAGAAAUACGAAUUGCAAGAAUUUUCAAUACAUACGGACCACGCAUGAAUAUUGAUGAUGGCCGUGUAGUCAGUAACUUCAUCGCUCAGGCAAUUCGAGGUGAGCCACUAACAGUUCAAGCACCGGGAACACAAACUCGAAGCUUCUGUUAUGUUUCUGACAUGGUUGAUGGUCUUAUUCGACUAAUGGAAGGAGACAACACCGGGCCUAUCAACAUUGGGAAUCCAGGUGAAUUUACGAUGAUGGAACUUGCUGAAACCGUAAAAGAGUUGAUCAACCCAGCAGUGCCUCUAAAGAAUGUGGAGAAUACGCCCGAUGAUCCGCGCCAGAGGAAGCCAGACAUCACAAAGGCAAAGGAACUGCUUGGUUGGGAGCCAAAGAUUACUCUACGUGAAGGCUUACCUUUCAUGGAGGAAGACUUCCGGCAGCGGUUGGGUGUGCCGAAGCAGCACAUCGAUUAGUUAUUUGCAUAUUUAUCCGAAUAAGCCAUUUUGUAAUGCCUAUGAAUAAUGCAACAACUUAUAUAUAUGUCCUAUAAAUAUUUUGGACUCA